AUCUUCUUGCGUCUGACCCUCAUACAAAGAACAUGGUAAGAGGACCUUUUACUUCCCCUUGCCAAGUUGUUUACCUGUGAAUUUAUGGGCACCGACAUCUACCAGCUGUAAAAAGAUGAUGCAUCGCCUAUCAUCGAUCUCGAUCGAACAUUGUUUUGUUGCGGAAACAAAAAAAGGCGUGAGACGAAUGAUAUGUCUUGAUCGGCUAACUAUAACGAAUUCUUGACAAACCAUUUUUUUCUUAAAAUAUAAGGGCAAAAAACCAAUACACAUUAUAGUAGCACAUAAACUUAUAAUAUUUCGUAAACAACAUAUACUCCGUAAUCCCGACGCGAGACGAACAUAAAUAAAUGAGAGGAAUAUGGAAAAGCCAAGUGGGGUUGAUGAUUGGCAAUAUUAUGGCUGGCGAUCACCUCAUCACCAUUCACCAGGUAGAGGUAGGGAGUUAUGGAUAGAAUAAAAAGAGAAAGCAGCGUCCUAGAAAUGAACUAAUACCAGCCCAGCCCAGCCCACCCGUAAAGCUAAAGUCACAAGAAGGGAGAGGAGCUGGGCCUGGGUCCAAUUAGGCGGGGUGGUUAAGGAUUUCCGAUUCCAUUUGAGAUUAGGAACCACUUUCUUGUAUAAAUAAAAAUAAAUCCCUCUGCCCCUCGAUAAUUUAUCUUCCCAAGCUUCUCUCGCCAUGGCGGCCAAUCGCGGGUCCGGGACACCGGUCGACAAACUCUUGGACGAUCUUCUGAUAGACAUUCUGGUUCGGCUCCCGAACCCUAGAUCCGUUUCUCGGUGCAAACUCGUCUGCAAAAGGUGGAGCCUCCUUCUCUCCAGUCCCGGCUUCAAUCGGCGAUUCGUUUCAGAUCACUGGAGCAGGAACCAGCAACCUCCGCUGCUUCUUUCCUCGGACGACCGGGAAUCGAACAUCCUCAGCUUCCUCCCCAUGCCCUGGAGACGGUAUUUCGGUAUUUUGGAUUCCCACAACGACUUGGUUUUGUGCGGGUUUGAGGGUGUGACCCCCUACAACCACGCUCCCGAAUUGUACAGAUCGUAUUUCGUCUGCAAUCCGUUUUCGAAGCAAUGGGUCGCCCUCCCACUGGCGCCUCAGGUGCCAGUGUCGUGGAAUGUAGCCGCUGCAAGGUUAGUUUGUGAACCCCGCGGCUCUGCGAAUCUCGCUGUUGGCCAAUGCCUUGUUUAUUCCGAGUAUCGAUUCCGCGUUGUGUGUAUAUACGGGGAUACCGGUAUCGGCUGGACAAUGCUACGUGUGUUCUCUUCGGAUACAGGGGAAUGGACCAAGGAGAUUCUAAGUAUUCCUAAUCAUAUGCCAAACCUUUUACGCAAGAGUUCACCAAAUAACUCUUGCCCCAAACUCAUUGGUUAACAACCAAAUAGUGAAUAUCCUAAUUCCUGCAUUUUCAAACUCAGCUAAGAGUACAACAAUGCUCCCAUCCUAAUACAGAAAAGCAAAUUAA